AAGCCUCCAGCCUCGGGAUGGGCAGCUGAGGGGUACCUGCCGAAGUCUCUCUCAGCUCUAGGCAUCCUUGCUUCUGUGUUCAACCUGGACUACUUCUGUGAGCGCGAGUGUGGGUCCCUGCAAGUCAUGAACAAAACAAGAAAGAUUAUGGAGCAUGGGGGAGCCACCUUCACCAACGCUUUUGUGACCACCCCCAUGUGCUGCCCCUCCCGGUCCUCCAUGCUCACCGGAAAGUAUGUGCACAACCACAACGUCUACACCAACAAUGAGAACUGCUCCUCACCUUCAUGGCAGGCAAUGCAUGAACCUCGGACUUUUGCUGUAUAUCUUAACAACACUGGCUACAGAACAGCCUUUUUUGGAAAAUACCUCAAUGAAUAUAAUGGCAGCUACAUCCCUCCUGGGUGGCGAGAAUGGCUUGGAUUAAUCAAGAAUUCUCGUUUCUAUAAUUACACUGUUUGUCGCAAUGGCAUCAAAGAAAAGCAUGGAUUUGAUUAUGCAAAGGACUACUUCACAGACUUAAUCACUAACGAGAGCAUUAAUUACUUCAAAAUGUCUAAGAGAAUGUAUCCCCAUAGGCCCAUUAUGAUGGUGAUCAGCCACGCUGCGCCCCAUGGCCCUGAGGACUCGGCCCCACAGUUUUCAAAACUGUACCCCAAUGCUUCCCAACACAUAACCCCUAGCUAUAACUAUGCACCAAACAUGGAUAAGCACUGGAUUAUGCAGUACACGGGACCCAUGCUGCCCAUCCAUAUGGAAUUUACAAACAUUCUACAUCGCAAAAGGCUUCAGACUUUGAUGUCGGUGGAUGAUUCUGUGGAAAGGCUGUAUAAUAUGCUCGUGGAGACAGGCGAGCUGGAGAACACUUACAUCAUUUACACCGCUGACCACGGUUACCAUAUCGGCCAGUUUGGACUGGUCAAGGGGAAAUCCAUGCCAUACGACUUUGAUAUCCGUGUGCCUUUCUUUAUUCGUGGUCCAAGUGUAGAACCAGGAUCCAUAGUCCCACAGAUCGUUCUCAACAUUGACCUGGCCCCGACGAUCUUGGACAUCGCUGGGCUCGACACUCCUUCCGAUGUGGACGGCAAGUCAGUCCUCAAACUUCUGGAUCUGGAAAAGCCAGGUAACAGGUUUCGAACAAAUAAGAAAGCCAGAAUUUGGCGUGAUACGUUCCUCGUGGAAAGAGGGAAGUUUUUACGUAAGAAAGAAGAAUCCAGCAAGAAUAUCCAACAGUCAAAUCACUUGCCCAAAUAUGAGAGAGUCAAAGAAUUGUGCCAGCAGGCCAGGUACCAGACAGCCUGUGAACAGCCUGGGCAGAAGUGGCAGUGCAUUGAGGACACAUCUGGCAAGCUUCGAAUUCACAAGUGUAAAGGAUCCGGGGACCUGCUAACGGUCCAGCACAGCACGCGGAACCUCUACGCUCGCGGCUUCCCGGACAAGGACAAAGAAUGCAGCUGCGGAGAGUCCAGCUAUCGUGGAGGCAGAAGCCAGAGGAAGAGUCAAAGGCAGUUCCUGAGAAACCAGGGGACCCCCAAGUACAAGCCCAGAUUUGUCCAUACUCGGCAAACACGUUCCUUAUCCGUCGAAUUUGAAGGCGAAAUAUAUGACAUAAACCUGGAAGAAGAGGAAUUGCAAGUGUUACGACCCAGAAACAUUGCCAAGCGCCACGAUGAAGGCCACAGGGGGCCUGGAGGUCCCCAGGCUGCCGGCGACGGGGACGCAAUGCUGGCAGACAGAGACAAUGCCCUGGGCCUGCCCACCACUGUCCGAGUGACUCACAAGUGCUUUAUUCUCCCAAAUGAUACAAUCCACUGUGAGAGAGAACUGUAUCAAUCGGCCAGAGCCUGGAAGGACCACAAGGCGUACAUUGAUAAAGAGAUUGAAGCCUUGCAAGACAAAAUUAAGAAUUUAAGAGAAGUGAGAGGACACCUAAAAAGGAGAAAACCAGAGGAAUGUGCCUGUGGUAAACAGAGCUACUAUAAUAAAGAGAAAGGUGUAAAAAAGCAAGAGAAGGUGAAGAGUCAUCUCCACCCAUUCAAGGAAGCUGCUCAGGAAGUAGACAGCAAACUGCAGCUUUUCAAGGAGAACCGCAGGAGGAAGAAGGAGAGGAAGGAGAAGAAACGCCAGAGGAAGGGGGAGGAAUGCAGCCUGCCUGGCCUCACCUGCUUUACCCACGACAACAACCACUGGCAGACGGCCCCAUUCUGGAACUUGGGAUCAUUCUGUGCCUGCACGAGUUCUAACAACAACACCUACUGGUGUUUGCGGACUGUCAACGAGACGCAUAAUUUUCUUUUCUGUGAGUUCGCCACUGGCUUUUUGGAGUAUUUUGAUAUGAAUACAGAUCCUUAUCAGCUCACCAACACCGUGCACACGGUGGAGCGGGGUAUUUUGAAUCAGCUGCACGUACAACUCAUGGAGCUCAGGAGCUGUCAAGGGUACAAGCAGUGCAACCCAAGACCGAAGGGCCCAGAAGUUGAGGACAGUUAUGGGAUGGAUGGGAAGGUUAAUCUGCCCAGCCCCGCAGCCGAUGUCAACUGGCAAGGUCUGGAGGAUUUAUACAGUGUGAACGAAAGUGUUUAUGAGUACAGACAAAACUAUACACUUAGUCUGGUUGACUGGACUAAUUACUUGAAGGAUGUAGAUAGAGUAUUUGCACUGCUGAACGGCCACCAUGAGCAAAAUACAACAAAUAAGACUAGGACUGCUCAAAGCGAUGCGUUCCCGGCUGGAUCUGCUGAACUCUCUGUGCCCGGGGAGGGGGCCUCCGCGGAGUCCGACGAAGACCCGAGUCCUAGCGUUGGGGAAGCGCCUCAUUGGACCCUGCCCGCUGACCUUCCAACUCUGCGCUGGAACCAACCAACAUUCAGUCCAGACACGAAACUUGAAUGGAAUAACGACAUUCCAGAAGCGAGUCAUUUGAAUUCUGAACACUGGAGAAAUCAUAAAACUGAAACGUGGACGGAGUACGAAGAGGGAAAUCAUCCUGAAACCGACUUCAGUGGCAAUGGCCUCCCGGAGCUGGUCCUCCCGCCCGGCCCCCGGCUGCUGCCCGGGAGCUGGCCGCCGCGCGAACUGCCCCGGGCUGGCGGUCCAGGCGAAGACGUUUUUGAAGGUCAGCAGCAUCUUUCGGGGCCCGCUGAUGUGGAUGCCGUUCAUCAGACGAGCGAUGCGUCUGCCGGGCAGCGGCCCGCUAACCCCCGUGGCGAGAAGCGGAUGUUGAACAAGGCGAAGAAUGGCAAGACGGGGAGCUUACAGAGUCUAGAAGGCAGUGCCUCCUUUCCACUCUCCUCCAAUUAGCGGACAUUGUGACCUUACCCUAAACACAGUAUUUUUGUAACUUUUUAUUAGGAAACUAACAACGAUGAUCAGGACAGCCAACAUUGUACGCUACCCCAGGCACACAGGUGCAGAAGUCAGCGCCCGCGCGAGCAGGAGGCCCGCGGGGACUCGGUGUUGUGAUUCACCAGGUGUCAAGAAUAGAAAGAAAGGUUGACUUGUGUGUGUGCGUUUGUUUGGGGAGGACUCAAACAGUGGUGUCUUUUGAAAGUGAUAGGGAUAUGUCUGUACAAAUAUUAUCCAAUCAAGAUGGCUAGAAUUGUACCUUUCUGAGUUUCUAAAACUCGACACCCUCCAUGAAUUUGUCA